ACCUGGACAACACAAUUCCAAAAGCAAAAGAUGUUUCUCUAUACACACUAGAGAACUAUAAUAAAAUAAUAAGAUACAAAUGCACAUACUACUGCUUAGAAAUACCUAUAAUGUUGAGCUUGAUUUUAUGCGGAAAAGAUAAUGAGCCUACUUUCGAGCGCAUCAGAGAUAUAGUCCGCGACGUGGGCGCAUUGUACCAAAUGAUGAAUGAUUACACAGACUUAACCAAUGUGGAGUCUAAAGCAGGCAAAACUAGUAGCGACAUACAAGAAGGUAAGUGCACUUUUUACGCCGUGAACACUAUGCUGCGAGCAACACCCGAACAGAAGGAAAUAUUCAAAGCGUCGUAUGGCAGCUGGGAUCCCGAAGAUGUUAAACGUAUAAGAAAACUAUAUAAAGAUUUAGAUUUAAUUUCCUACUACAAGGAACAACAUAAUUCUAAAUACAAGCAGUUUAUGAAAAAUCUCGAUGAGCUACCAUCAGACGAUCUCUUGACACCUGAAUUGUUCCUCAAAAUGAUGGAAGCUUCAAACCUGAACAACUGGGAAAUAUACUAAGCUUCAAGAAAAUUUAGUCACGUUAUGUUAAUAAUAACUCAAC